AUGGCAGACUUGGAUGACCUUGUUGGGCGGCCCAUAUCCGCGAGCACAAGUUUCAACUGGACAUGGUUCAUUGAGCUUGUCACUUGUUCCUGUCUCGGCCUCUUCUUUCUGUUCUACUUCAACCGUCUCUUCGCGACUCUCGUUUCCUACGGCUUGAGGGCUUUCACCUGGCAUAAGUACAGAGUAUGGAUCGAUAUACAGUCUCUACAGUUGUCAUUCCUCGCCGGGAGGAUCUUCUUCAAAGGUCUCCGGUACCACGGCGAGAAUGAAACUAUCUUCGUUCAGAGCGGCUACAUCACCUGGAGGUGUUGGCUCCGAUCCGCUCGUCAGGUUGAUUUGUCUGUCACCGAUGACCAAAGCACUCCCAGCCUGAAAGAAAAACCCUCCACCACCGGAGAUGGUUCAGAGGCCUCCGAACCUGUUGCUGAAGACCAAGAGCUAGGUCGGACUGGAAAACCUGACUCUGCGGAUGCAAGAGUCGCUGUCACCGUAUCCGGUCUCGAGUGGUUUGUAUACAACCGUACUCCUGUCUACGACUCCAUCUUCCAGGACGAACACCUGUCCAAGACCAAAACCGAAGAUCCGGACCCGGAGGCUCGUAGCGGGAUCCUUCCAAAAUCAAUUUCGGGGAAACUGCGCCAUCGCAGGGGCACUGCUAGACCAGAGUCCAAGGAUACCUCCACGACGGACUCGUCGGCAGACAGGUUGUCCAGCGAAAAAGCUCACCAGUCGUUGCAGCCAGGUGAAAUGAGCGUACCCAUCUCCCGUAUGGAGACCUAUACCAGUGCUGUGUCUGGUGAAGACGAGCUCAACACGAAUGUAUCCAGCUUUUACUCAUUCAUUUUACGCACUUUGCCAAUAUCAAUCGAGUGCACCAAAGGAGCUAUCACUCUGGGUAAUGAAAACACGCGUGCUAUCGUUGUCACCACUUUUACUUCGGCUUUUGGGCAUGUGGACGCCGCCGCUGCAGGCCCGCUUGACAUCUUUCGCCAGGUCUUCGAUUUCGAGAUCAAACUUCCAAAGGUUGAAAUGAAACCCAAUCCAGAUUAUCGCAGAUCUCAGACUGCUGCGGCUGAAAAAUACAUCUCAGCUGCAGAGUCAUUGAUGCGCAGGAAAAGACGCUGGUGGCACAUCGACUUAGGCAUCCUCGUACGUCUUAAAAGAAUUGGUCAGCGAAUGAAGCGUCUCCUUCCGGGCCUUCGCAGUUCUCGAGGCUCUCUAAGAACUUCAGCCUCGCCAGACAGAGAGUCCAAAGGUCCCUUUCUGUAUGAAGAAUUUCAAGAUCUCAACAGGUCAUGGCACGGCUUGACCCGCUAUCUGGAUGAAGACGAUCAAGAUGAUCAUGAAAGUUGGUCUCAUGUGGACUAUGCUAGAUUUUCACAGAUUUUGGAUUCGCCUGCAAUCCAUCUGAACUUCUACUGGGAUAUGCCAGGGGAAGUCCUAGAAGAACAGAGCGACCAGCAAGCAGACACCAAUCAUGACAUGGUGAACGGUUGUACUCCCCCAGCCUAUGGCCUUGAUUUGACCAUCAGAGGAGGCUUCGUCAAUUAUGGACCAUGGGCAGAUAGGCUCAGGGUGGAAAUCCAGAACGUCUUCUUGCCGAAUCCCUACAAGUCGGUCACCCCUGCAGUUGCUUUGAGUACUGGCCAGCCAAGGCAAAGUACGAGCAUGGUCAUCCGAAUCGAUCUAGAGGACGAGGUCAGCCUCCGCGUACCCACCAAAGAACGCUCCAAAGAUUGGCAGUGGAGAGGGCGGGCACAUACUGUGAAAGAUGCAGCCGCUGUCCGUAAACAACGCGAGAAGCGACAUUUUCGUUUUCGCAGAUCUCAGAAGACCAAGCUUGGUCCUGAUGUUCGACCCUUUGGCUGGCUAACGGUCUCAGCUGGAAGGGACUCCACUGUUCGCUACGAUAUGGAUAUGGUACCCGGGAGCCAAGGCUAUCAAAAUCAGCUAAGGCUCGAACUAAAGAAUACAAAGGCGACCUCAAGCGUUAACCAUGAUCUACUAUGGCGCUGCAAAUCACAAAAAGUAUCUUGCGAUCUCUCCAAUCCCCUUGCAUGGAACAGUCCUCACACAUGGAUCUUUGACGUUGAGAACAAUGCCAUGGAAAUGUUUCUCUUGCGAGAUCAUAUGUUUCUUCUGACUGACUUGAUCAGCGACUUUACCGCAGGGCAGAAGCCAGAUUAUAUGACUUUUGUUCCCUUCCUAUACAAGCUCCAUUUGACUUUUCCAGACUUGAAGCUCUACCUCAAUGCGAAUGAUUACAACAUCAUCGACAACCCUUGCAAUGUGGAGGAGAAUGCUUUCUUGGUCCUGGGAUUUGGACACCUGAGUGGUGAUGUCGAUAUACCCAUGCAAUACUUCGCUCCGCGUGAAAGCAGUGUUAAAUUUCUGGCUGAAGGUCAAAAUGCCUAUUUGCAGCUGAUUACACCCUUGUGGAACACCCUCAACACUCUCGUCGAAGACAAAACUAUGGCAACGCUGAAGAAACUCAAUCUAGAGGGAUCCUACAAUUAUUACUCAAACAUUGCACCGUCCUUGACCGAUUCUCUGUUCAUGACCGUCAUAGGCGGUGCUCCCCAAUUCUUCUUGCACGGUUACCUGAUCCGCUAUUUCAUGAAUGUCAAGGAGAAUUACUUUGGAGAAGAUUUACAUUUCCGAACCCUCGAAGAAUACCAAAACAUGCUUGCGGAUCAGAAUCAUGAUACUCCUCGCCCGGGGCUGAAGAAGGAGAACGACCUAGAUGUCAUUCUAACAGUUCGAGCUGACGAGUCAAGCAUAUUACUGCCAGCCAACAUUUACGCACGAAAUGAAUGCGUGCGAUUUGAUGUACUCCUCGUUGAAGCCGACAUGCGCUUCACCAACUACUACAUGGACUUACAGGUCAAUUCAAGCCCUCUCGAAGCCUCCACUCAAUCUACGCCUCUGGACAACGCAAAGGAUGGCACUGUCAUUUCCAAUUGUCAACUGUUCAUCGACAGUGCUGGCAUCUACGGACAUCGCCUCUUUGGAGCCCCGCCAACUGAACCAACCUAUGUCUGCAAUUGGGACAUUGAUGUUGGCGAGAUCACAGGCGAAUGCUCGUCCCGAUUCAUUCGGACUUUGAUUCCUGCCAUUGCCGCAUUUAUAUUCACGCUUGACGACGAUGAGAAUGCACUUCCAGAAUUUAGGGGCGCUGUAAUACAUGAUGUGACAUUUUUGAGAGUCAGUCUCGCAGCCGUGCGUCUCUGGCUUGUCACAACAGGAGCCGCAUUUCUGCUCGAACUAUCUGAAUGUGACCUCUCCUUUGGAGACUGGGCAGGAUCUAGCUUUGCGAAAACACUAAGGGCUCAUGUCCCGAGCAUUCUUUUUGCGGUUGUCGACCAUCAAAGUGCUGUCCGCCAUCACGACGAUAGUCCUAGCGCAGUGAAAACCUAUGCUAGCUUUCAGACUUCAAUCACCUUAGGCUCCCUAGACAAAUCUGCAGACCUUGCGCAGACUAGAGCUUUGCAACAACAGCAUGUUCGAUACCAUGACCAGCGUACCCACCGCGCGGAUUGGCUGAUGAAAGCCCAGACGCUACACUCAGCACAGCACAAGACCCCUGAAUGGGCCCGUGAACGGCCCGCAAUGCCUGUGCCUGUACUGCCUGAACCAGUUGGUAAAGUGCAAACCACAACCUUGUUCGCUGGAUCUGGAAAUAGUCGAACAUCCCGAGCACGACUUCGUAAGAGUUCAUUCCUCUCUUCCUCGUCAGCAUCCCUGCGUACCAGAGAGCCCCCGAGAGCGCAUACAUCACAACCACAUUCACGACUCGGAUCAUUCCAAGGAAGCCAUCGGACAGGGGUCUACAAGACAUCAUUGGCACCUCCGUCUGAUCACUCUAGCACUCAGAGCAAACGCGCUUCCGCUCAUCUCCACCCAUCCGAGCCACACGGUCAUAUAAAUCUAGUAACCUUCUCGAGCCCAUGGGCUCCCCCUCAUUUCACUUUGCAUGACGUGCACCCAGACACCACCAAUAUGCCUGCAGCGUUGAUUGCCGGGGCUUCAGAGUCGAACAAUUUGGUCUUGCACACUAGCAUGUCUGACACACAGCAUGAUGACUUCGAGCAUACUCCACACAACGGAAUCAUUUGCUUGGUGGAAAAUGGCUUGUCUGGCUUUUGUACACCAGACAUGUUCUUGUCUAUUGGAGAACUAAUUCGCGAGCUGACUACGGAUCAUCCUGUGGAUAUGCUCGAUCAAGUUCAAAUUGAUGUCAUGAAAAGGGUUAUGGAAGUCUACAAACACAAAGAUCAUGGGCACAUGAUAGACAUAGCGAUUCAGCUUCCGCGAGCGCAUAUCAGACUUAUAAACAGUAUCAGUUGCAGCGCAAAUCACGAAGCUUCAGACGAUCAGUAUGAUAUCAAACUCUCCGAAUCUCGGGUCAUGCUCCGUUCAUUACACCGGAAGGCCGAUGGGCGAGGACAACAAGAUUUGCAGAAAAGCCAAAUAGCCUACGGCUCCAUUCAGAGCCUUUCCAUGAGCGUUCGGGAUGAGGCAUUUCAGCCCGGCAAGUCAGCAGCACAAGCAGAACUCUCACUCGCCAAUACAGGCUUUUGGCUUUGCAUUAAAGAGGCCGUCAGUUCAAAGUUGCAAAUCAGCAAUUUCGAUGUAGUUCUAUGGUCGGACCGUCUCGCUAACAUGGCCGGGUUGAUCCAACGGAGCACGACGAUGGUAGACUAUAUCGCAGGCGCAUUUUCAGAUCUGGAUCAAAGCUUAAAGUCAAAACAUUUGAUCUAUCAUCUCACCCUGGCGGGCGACUCGGUCUCAGACCCUGUCUAUUUGACCAAACCGUCCUACGUUUUGCGUAGUGCCGACAAUCAUGUCCGUCUAACAGAUUCUUGGAAAAUAAUGACCCGACUCAGACACAUCUACUUUACACUCCUUUGCGAAAACCAUGGUUUGUUAUCGAAAGGAUGUGACUGCAAAACACUUGAACUCGAAGGUUCAGCAAGAAAGGACGUUCUGUCAUCCUUUGAACGCUGGCGUGGAUGGGAUUAUGCGAGGGACAGGGUCCCUCUAGUGAACAAGCUUUUCGAAGAUCUAGGAUCACCAUUGCCCGAUCUCAAAAAUUCUCUUGCUAUGUCAACAGAAGUGAUUGUCGGAAAGCUGGGUAUCAUAUUAGAUCCGGGUCCGAGACAGAGUGACCUGACGAUGCUCGGCCUUGACUUCAACCUUGCUCUUGGCCCAAUUGAUGAAUCUUCGUUGAAUGGCGAACUUGUCCAGAAGAUCAUUGUGCAAGUUUACCUCGCAGACACUGCUCUACAUCUCAACUGGGCACUGCUCGAGCUGGCACGCCAGGUCAUAGAACUGGGAAAUCCUCUAAAAGCUUCAAAGCCAACAAUCGAUGUCAAAGCAACAGCGACCGCAAGGACUCGGCCUGCAACCAGAAGACAAUUUCAAAUUAUCCUUGGUAGCGAUCUUGCCUCAAUCUACCUCAUGACGACAAACCUAAGAUUGAAAUGGGGUGCUGAGCGAUUUAGAAGUGCUGUCUCGUUCGAUGGAGGUAGCCAUCGACCUGGAGUCGCAUCGUUCACGGUUGCGGCAAACACAGCCAUGGCCAGAUUCAGAAGUCACUCUCGCUCACUACUGAUGUGGGGACUGAAGUCACCCAAAGUGUACGGGUCGGUGUCACCCCAAGCAUCACCGACAGAAAAAACAACUGUGCGUGUCUGUGCAGCGUCCAACAAGCUUCGAUUCGAGAUGAAGGAGAACAUUGUGGGACUUCUCAGCGUAGUAGAGUCAGUCAUAUACGACGAAGUUCAUGCCAUAGUGCGACUGAAGGAUCAAUUACCGCAAGAGGACAACAGGACAGCGACACCUGAACUCUUGCGGAAGAAUGCUCCCAUUAGUCUGGAUCUCCAUGUUGCACUGUUCUUGGACGAUUACAGAUUGAAAGCCUCAAUUGUUCCAUCUCUCUCUUACACCAUCGCAGGCAAUGUUGCUCGGACUUCGAUUUUACCUCGUAAGGACGGUGGCUUAGCCAUCAAUUUCGACAUCAAGCAACAUGAACAUUUAUUCGAGGUGCCCCAUGGAACGUCCAAAAACAAUCUUUCAAUCAUGAAAAUGCCCCCAGUGAAUGGUCGACUCUCUGUGCGACAAACUUCCAAACUUGUGGUAGUCCACGCCCGUACCACUGUGGAGCAAGUCAACCUUGAAGCUGCAGGUGUGCGAGCUUGUUUUGAUGCAUUGAACCAACCUGGCGUCGUGCAACUUAUACCCGAUGCCAAAAUAUCAGUACAGCGGAUCCAAUCUUCGCUGGAUCGGGUUGUAGGUGGAAAAUCUAAAUCUCAAGUUGCACAGCUACCGGACAACACUUUGAUGAUACGUUACGCAAUUCAUGGCACUCUUGCUGCGGUGAACAUCCAUAUGAGUGCUCCUUCAAUAGUCGAAGGGAACAAGUACAAGGCUGAAAUGGAAUUGAGGCUGGAAGGAACCACUCUUUUUGUUCACAACGAGUCGGACGAUCCCGAUACGAUAUAUGAACAACCGCAGUUUUCUCUUAACUCAAAAGGUGUUGGGCUAAGCGUUUACCGCACAAAUGAGCAUAAUAAGGUGAAUGUUGGAAGGUGCAUUGUGGGUCUCAAGGCAUCUGGGAAAACGUCAAAAGAUACUGGAUCCCGAACAGUCCAAGUGUAUCGCGCGAAGAGCGAAGCUAUCACGAUUGAACUCUACGAAGAAACCGUGUCAGUUGGUGUUGAUAUCGCCAAUUUUAUUCAGGAGCGCAUUCAGUCGAUCAAACUUGCGGACCCUUCAGAUAACAUCACGCGACUAAGAAGGAUGACUACCGCUGGCUUGACGGAUCGUUUAAAACCAAAAGACCAGAUCGAGACAGCAUUGGUAGCUACGAUGUCACAAGACUCAACAGCUUCGGCACUGUACAAUUCUACAUACGCCCUGGACCUAGAGAACAUUUGCGUCCGAUGGAACCUGAAGCGACAUUCGGUGCUAUCCCCUACAAGAGAGCCCGAAGAUCUGGUUUUCUCAAUUCGUCAGGUCGGUCUUCAGACCAGACAAGAGGGUACUGCAAGGCUGUCUAUCAUUGACACCCAGUUACAAAUCGUGCCUCAGUCGCAAUCGGACCGUCCCACUCUGCGUACAUCCAAUUCUGCCCUGCUGCCGGAGGUAGUUUUCGGUGCGGCAUAUCUAACCACUAAGCGUGAUCGCCGAUUUGCCUUCCAUGCCAAAGGAAAGGCCUUGGACCUUCGACUUGCAUCGGACUCUGUCAUUCCAGCACAUGCUCUACAGAGCUCCAUCGGAAAUGCGAGUGUAGAGUUACGAAAGGCAAAGAAAUAUACUGCAGACAGUCCACAGACGCCAGAAGCAGAACAUUCCAAUUUCUUCCUCGGCAAGAAACGGCUGGCGUCGCUUCUCGUGGAUGCAGAUUUUGCUGGGGCUGUUGUCCAUAUCAGCCCACGUGCUGAAGUCCAACAUCAAACUUCUGUCUUUGGUUUCCUCAAGGGGAAGAAGAGGUCACGGGCGGGCCGUUAUGGACAAGCUGUGCAAGGCGACGAUGCCACAUCCGCAACAUUGCAGUCCCCUGGUGUUGCACUCAAAGUCGAGUAUAGCGAUAACGGACAGGAUGAUCCGACCCUCAGUACAGAGGUGAGAGUGGCAGCAUCGUCGAACACGCUAUAUCCAACUGUUGUACCUCUCAUCCUAGAGAUUUCAUCAAGCGUCAAAGAGAUGCUCGGUGACGAAGAUACCAGUACUGAACAGGCCAAACCUUCAGUACAGCCAACUAGCUAUCUCUCAGAUGCCACGAUGACGAACACUAGCCCAACGGCCAUCUUAGGUCGCUGUAAGUUGAAUGCCGGUCUCUACAUCCAGCGGCAGGAGUUCAGCCUUAGUUGCCAGCCGAUUGCACGGGUCGCUGCAACCGCAAGCUUCGCAGAUAUAUUUAUCACCAUCAAUACGGUAUCGGCUCCCGACCAAGAACGCUUUUUUGCCAUUCUUACGACGUUUAACAAGCCGGAAGCUUCUGUGCAGCAUGUCUACUCUAGAGAAUCCACCGCGCGGUUCGGGGUCGACUCGAUUGUAAUGUCCUUGAUGAACAGCAAGCAUGUGAGUUCGCGAACUGGGAUUUCUGCCAUACUCAAUUUUAGCCCGAUGAACAUCGACAUCAACGCCAAGCAGGUUCAAGAUUUUCUUCUGUUCCGCGAGAUAUGGUAUCCAGCCGAGCUUCGGCGAACUUCGAAACCAACACCAUCUGUGGCUACAACUCAGGAUCAGCAAGCCUAUGCGAUGCAGCGUUUCCAAGAGAUCUCCGCGCAGGGCACGCUGCCAUGGCAUGCUAUUGUUUCAGUGCAAGAGAUCAAGCUACAAGUUGACUUGGGUCAAGGCUUAGGCAAAUCAGUCUUUACGAUUUCCAAGCUAUGGGCAUCUUCCAAGAAGAACAAUGACUCUGAGCAAAACCUUUGCAUUGGCUUUGACAGGGUUGGCAUUGACAGCACGGGGCGAAUGAGUGGUUUCGUCGAGCUACAAAAUAUGAGAGCCAGGACAUCCAUCAGGUGGCCUGUGGAUUCGCAGGCACACAAGAGAGCUCCACUAGUUCAAGCAUCUAUUGCUUUUGAACACUUCCGAGUGAAAGCAUCAUUCGACUAUCAGCCAUUCAUAGUGGCAGAUAUCUCCUCGUUCGAAUUUCUGAUGUACAAUGUCCGUCAGGACUCACAGAAUGCCAAUGAUCGUCUGGUGGCUAUUCUUGAUGGUGGCAAAGUACAAGUCUUCUGCACAACAGCAACAGCUGGGCAAGCUUUGGCUUUGGUACAGGCUUUUGAGAGGCUGGUACAAGAGAAGCAAGAGGCAUACCAGACUUCGUUGCGCGAUUUGGACAAAUUCCUGCGAAGAAAAUCCGUCUUCCCAUCCAGCAAUUGGGUCACACCGCCUCCACGGAUCAAGGAAAAUUCCGCCACAAAGAGCAUGUUCUCUCUCCACACAGAUGUUGUUGUGACACUUAGAGCACUCGAUGUGGGUGCUUUCCCGACAACAUUCUUUGACAACCAAAUCCUGAAGCUAGAGGCAACGGAUGUGCAAGCCCGAUUCGCCGUAGCGACAACUGACGGCAAAACUCAUAGUGGACUGGGAAUGAGCCUUGGUCAAGUCAGAGUAGCUCUGUCCAAUGUCAACCGAGUGACCACCAAGGCGUUGAGCGAAGUAUCCGUGCCCGAGGUCAUUGAAAGAGCGACCACGUCUCGGGGAGGGACGAUUGUCAAGGUACCCCGAUUAGUCUCGUCCAUGCAGACGUGGCAAGAACCGGAGUCCAACAUUAUUGAGCAUAUCUUCCGCAGCACGUUCGAGGGCAAGGUUGAUGUCGGCUGGAACUUUGCGCGGAUCAACUUCAUUCGUGGCAUGUGGACCGCGCACUCUCGCGGUCUGGCUCAACGACUUGGGAAGCCUUUGCCACCUUCAGCGGUCAAAAUCACUGCCGAGCCUCAAGGGGAUGGAGAGAAUGGUGGGCAGGAGAAGAUCACUGCAGUGGUCAAUGUUCCGCAGUCGCGAUUCACAUAUGUUGCUCUGGUACCCCCAGUCAUUGACACUCCACAGCUACGAGACAUGGGUGAAGCAACUCCGCCUCUGGAAUGGAUAGGGCUACAUAGAGACAAGCUGCCCGAAGCAACCCAUUCGAUUGCUAUUGUUUCCCUAUUGGAAGUGGCCAGGGAGGUUGAAGAUGCAUAUGGCCGCAUUCUUGGGGCGAGUUGA